AUGGAUAUAGCGUUUACGUUGGUGGUGCAUAAGGACGUGCGUCAGAUUGCUCGACUCCUCCGAAUGAUUUACAGACAAAACAACUACUACUUCAUUCAUGCUGACAGCCGUUCGGACGUUUUAUUCAUAGAGGCCCUACGUGGUGUUGCGACGUGUUUUGGUGCCAAUGUGGAAGUACGCGUGGCAGUACAUUGGGGUGACGAAUCAGUUCUUGUGCCGCAAAUCACAUGUGCCGAACAGGCGUUGAGGAGUCGCGGUACGUGGAAGUACCUGGUGAAUUUGGUUGGACAGGAUUUCCCAUUGCGAACCAACUUGGAGCUGGUGGCUGCACUGAAGGCACUCAAUGGUUCCAAUCUCGUUGAAUCUGUCAAAAUGGGCAGAUUUGCGUUUCGGACAAAUAACAAGUCGCUGCCAUUGGGGGCAACAUGGUACAAAGGCUCAAUCUAUGGUGCAUUUCGAAGGGAAUUUCUGCACGAAGCAGUCAUGGGAACAGCUGUCGGUCCCAUUCGUGACCUCAUGCUCAAGCUGAAUUAUAUCAGACAUCCCGACGAAUUUUACUUUCCAACUCUCGCUUACAACAGCCAUCUUCACUUGCCUGGAGCUUGCCUGUAUAGCCCAGCACCCGAAUCUGAAGUAGGCUUUAACUAUUUGGCCAAGUUUGUCAUUUGGGAAGGCUGCAGUAUAAAUUGUACUACUAAAUACGUUAGGGAUGUCUGCAUCCUUGGAACGGAUCAUGUGGCGCGGUUGCAGACCGUGCCACAUCUAUUUGCCAACAAGUUCCACGCUGACUACCAACCAGAAGCAUACGAUGAGAUGGAGCGUUGGUACUUCCGACGAGUCGAAGCUGAAAUGAAAUCAGGCUCUUAUGACAGGAGCACGUUUGAUCCAACAAUUUACGCCGAACGUUUGUGUUCACGAUAUCACAUCUAG